GCGGCGACGGCGGCUGUGAGCGGCGCCAAGCGCAAACUUCGGGCCGAGUUGAAGCAGCGUCUGGCCACCUUGAGUGCUGAGGAGCGACGGCGCCAGUCCCGCCUGCUAACACAGAAGAAUGAACAGCACCACCCCUGCAAGUCUGGGGACAAGUAACAAGGAUAUGAUGGAACAUAACCCUGUGCUCCCCUGACCCUGACCCUUGUAGACCUGUUGAGUGGUGUGUGACAGGACAUGACCAGUGCUAUCUGUAUUCUGACAUAAAUGUGAACCCUGACCACCAUCCCUGCAGGCCUGUGGUGAGAGGUAAAGCGGUCAUUGCUCACAGUAAGUAUCAAAAGUCCAAAAGGAUUUCCAUCUUUCUGAGCAUGCAAGAUGAAAUUGAGACAGAAGAGAUCAUCAAAGACAUUUUCCAACAAGGCAAAACCUGCUUCAUCCCUCGGUACCAAUUCCAGAGUAAUCACAUGGACAUGGUGAAGUUAGCAUCACCUGAUGAAAUCUCUUCACUUCCUAAAACGUCCUGGAAUAUUCAUCAGCCUGGUGAGGAUGAUGUUCGUGAGGAGGCUUUGUCAACAGUUUCUCUUGGAAAAGUAAAGGAAGAUUGGGCCCUGGGAUGUUGUCCAAAUUCAGGGGGACUUGAUCUCAUCCUCAUGCCAGGCCUGGGAUUUGACAAUCACGGGAACCGGCUAGGCCGGGGCAGGGGUUAUUAUGACACCUACCUGCAGCGCUACCUGCAGCUGCAGGGCACGAAGCCCUACACCAUCGCCCUGGCCUUCAAGGAGCAGCUCUGCCACCAUGUCCCAGUGGGCGAGCAUGAUGUGAGGGUGGAUGAAGUCCUCUAUGAAGACCCCACAGCACUUUGAGUCCAGAUGACCAUGCCAAGUAAUUGGGGUGAAGAAAAUGUUUAUUUUCCCUUGUCAAAGUUAAUUGAAAUUGUUCAUUAAAGUGAACGUGGACUGCA